AUGAUGGAUCCUGGACAGGAUUUGCUUCUGGCAGCCCUGAGCGAGAGCGGCAUCUGCCCAAACGACCUGUUUGACUUUGACCCCCAGGAUGCUGCACUGCCCUCUCCAACCCCACAGGUAGGUGAAACUGAGGGAGGCAUCUUCCCAGUAGUCCAAAGUGGCUUUUAGAUAGAGCUGUGACGGUCAUUGAUCAGCCAACUGACCACGGUCCCCGUUAUAACCGUUUGACUAGCAAAAAAAAAGAGCAAAUUUUCUCGCUUAUUUUAUUUUCAUGAAGACCUUCAUCCAUAACUGUUGGUUACACAGUAAUUGUGCUACCCCUACUUCUAGCUCUUCUGAAUGAAAAGUACUAUAUAGUUAUUAUCUCAAUAGGUUAUAGUGGCCUCCUCCCAGCAUCUCAGUAGUGGCUUUCCCUCCUUUCCUCUGAUCUGCAUGAAUACAUAACUAAAGGACAGCCUGGGCGCUGCUUCAGAUGUGUAGUGUUCUCUGGUGCUGAUGUGAGUUUUGUUUCUCUCCUCCAGUCCAUCUCCAUCAGUGCCCUGGGUGUUGGCUCGGGGAUGGAGCCAACGGGAGUCACAGCUCCACCCACUCCAACAGUCACAAUCAGGGUAGGAACUCUAUUCAACUAAAGAUUGCUUACAGUGUGCUGUUACUAAGAAACCUAUUCAGUCAACUAGUAACCAGGGUUUUGAAAUGGAGAAGCCAGCCACUGCUUAAACUUGCCCAGCAAGUUUGCUUUCCGUUUGAAAAUGUUUUCACCUGUUUGUUCCCAUUUAAAAAAGACCCAGAAUAUUUGUGCGUUAUCUACACAUUUCAGAAAACAUACCUUGAAUUAAAAACUACUCGACCUAUUUGCAAAUUGUAUAGUGAAUCGAAUUGUCUAGCGUUCUACUGCAGUAUAAUUUCUGUGCGGUAACAUCUCACCCUUUUCCCCUGUCUUUUGUCUCCUCACUGGUCCACCAGCACAAGCCUCAGGCCUCAACCACAACAUUUGUCUUAAAUCAACUGAAUCAGUUGCCAUCGCUGGGAACAAUCGUUGUGACCAAGCCCUCAACUGGAGGCACGGCCAGACAUACCAUCACAGUCACCAAGGUAGUCCAUACCACUCCCUCAGCCCUGCGGGGGUCCACUUCCACACUCACCUCCUCCACGGCUCUCCCCUCAGUCUCCACAUUGGUUUCUUCCAGCAGAGAGCAGGUCAGUGGAGGAAAUGCUUUUGCCCUGGGACAAAAAUGCUGCUGAAAAUGACAAAUAUACAGAUGUGUGUGCUCUCUGAUUUGGUGGAGUUCAUGAGGGCUGAGAGGCUCUUCACUUCCUAUGCUGCUUUGCAAAAUAGCAAAAAAUUGAGGGACUACUAAACUUUAGUUAAAGAGCCUUCCGUGUUAUAACGUAUAUCUUUCCCUCUGUGUGUCAGAUCCAGCUGAAGGACUUGUUGAGGACAGGCGGUCUGAAGAGUAGUAGUCUGGUGGAACUCAUGAGGCUCAAGCCGCCGCCAGACAUCGCCCAGCCGGUCGCCACAGCAACAGGCACCAGUGAGUCACAGUACUAAUGGAACCCUGACUGGGUUCCAAUGGCUCCAAAAAUGGCUUUUCACUUGAUGUCACUACCGUAUGGGUCUCACCUAUUCUAUACCAUUCUUUAAGAUCAGAGGUGACCUUGUCAAGGGAUGGAAGCCAUUGAAGGGCUGAAACUGCUCGUAUUUAAAGGUGCAGAUCUUCUGUUAGAAGAGUCAGUUGAGAAUGAUGUCAUGUAGCCAAAAACGUUUUCUGCCCAUGUUAUUUUGAGCACCAGUGUGCAAUCCAUUCAUGCCAUUCCCAUGUGUAUUGUUUGGAAAAGGCUGACCAGGAUGUAACAGCCAUGUCAAAACCCUUCAUUGUACAGAGUAUUAACUUAACUCACAUUAAUGUGUACCAAACAUGUCUAUGCUCAAUCAGUGUUCAAUGCUCUCAUUCUCGCAGAGAUAAUACUGGUCUCGACAAAGAUGAUCCAUAAACCAGGUAUGGACAGGAUCAGGGAUCAUCUCAGAAUUUAGUGUUAUGUAUCACGGGAGGGAAAUGAAAGGGUUGUUGUAAAAGGGUCCAGUUUUCACACCUUCAUGGCACUUUCACAGUUCACAUCCACUUUAUUUACGGUUGGUUUAGACUUAAGAAGUAGUGAGGUGACUUAAGACGUGACCUUGCACAUGGGCUGUUCAGUCCAAGUGAAUCAUGGCUAAGUGUGUGGAAGUCUUUGUUUCUAAUGGACUUGGUCAGUUGGUGUCUGUUUUUCCACUAAUGAUUCCUCUUCUUUCUGUUCUUCUCACAGUGGAUCUGAACAACGGGAUAAAGGAGGUGUCGGGUAAAGACGCCGCUCGGAUCUGGGUGAACGAUGACGUGAAAGUGCGGAGCUUCUCACCUACAUUAGUGAGUUUGUGGCAUCACUGACUCUUAACCAAAAGGCAGGCGUCGUAGUAGUCCUAGUAAAAUCUCUACCCGUUCCCCCUGUUGAAUGACAGAACCUGAGUUUCUUUGAAAUACUUCAGACCUCUUAAUAACCAGUGAUAUAUUUUUAUUAGAAACUCCCAGGAAUGAAAGAGGAGGAGGAGGCUGAGGAAGAGGAGGAUGAAGAGUUGGGUCAUGCCGAGACAUAUGCGGAGUACAUGCCCAUGAAAUGUAAGCUUUACUCUGAGUACUCCCAACUAUUUAGUUUCCUUUCACAUUUACUGAAGCUGUCAUGGUCAUGUCGUAUUGCUUGAUGAAAGAUAGGUGGAGCCCAUGCAGAGGUCACUUUGUUUUGGGGCAGCAGAGGAGUUGAUUCAAAAUGAAGGUUUCAUUGAGCAGUUGGUUGACUGAUCAUGUUGAUUGUUCCAGUGCGGAUCGGGCUGCGUCACCCAGACCCGGUUGUGGAGACAAGCUCCCUGUCCAGUGUGAAUCCUCCCAACGUGUGGUACAGAAUGUCGAUACCAGAGGAGACCAUCGACCGCGGCUGGCUGUCUGCCCUGCAGCUGGAGGCCAUCACGUACGCUGCCCAGGUAAAUAUCCUACACCUUUACACUACUGCUCACCUGGCUAGAUAAAGACCCUACUACAGCUUGGCACUACUUUAUGUACCAGUGUAGAUGAUUAUUCACAUACCUUGUGCUGAAAUGUUUCUUGUCUCCAUAGCAACAUGAAACAUUCCUCCCUAACGGUGACCGAGCGUCCUAUCUGAUAGGAGACGGGGCCGGAGUGGGGAAGGGCCGGACCAUCGCUGGGAUCAUCUACGAGAACUAUCUUCUGGGCAGAAAGAGAUCACUCUGGUAAAACCAAAACUAGGAUUACUUGAUACAUCCCGCCAAUGAAGGAGGAUGAUGGUACACACACAUUUUCCCAUUUCACAAAAUAUAUUCCAUCUCCUUCACAGGUUCAGUGUUUCUAAUGACCUGAAGUAUGAUGCAGAGAGGGAUCUGAAAGACAUCGGAGCCAAGAACAUUCCGGUCUAUUCCCUCAACAAGGUAAGAGGUUGACCACUGGGUGCAAAUGUACAUCACCAUGCAUGUUUCUUACAUGGUAAUAAAUUGAAGAGGUUCCUUCACACUGGAUAUCCUUUUCAUAUUUGCCUUACAAAAUUACGUGUUCACAUGCAUAAAAAGGUAUUGUUCUCCUUCACUCAAAAACAUGUCCUAUUUUGUCUGUUUCCCAGUUUAAGUAUGGUAAGAUCUCGUCCAAACACAACGGCAGUGUGAAGAAGGGGGUGAUCUUCGCUACGUACUCCUCUCUGAUAGGAGAGAGCCAGUCUGGAGGGAAGUACAAGACCCGCUUCAAACAGCUGCUCCACUGGUGUGGACAGGUCUUCGACGGAGUUGUAUCCUUUCACUGACUGACCACCUGACGACUACUGUAAAAAAAGAAAAGAACAAAAAAAAGAAACUUAAUUGCCCUUGUAAUACAAUUUGUCCAAAUUAUAUUGAGAGUACUUCAUCUGGGUCUAUAUAACUGCCCUUAGAAGUAGUAGUAACCGGUUGUUAGAAGUGUCAAUUGUUUAGUGAACAUAACACCACCUUUCCUUAACCCAAGACCGUUCAGAUUGUGUAUGACGAGUGUCACAAAGCCAAAAAUGUCUGUCCCAUCGGCUCGUCCAAACCCACCAAGACUGGACUGGCCGUCCUGGAGCUGCAGAACAAACUGCCCAAGGCACGGGUGGUGUACGCUAGCGCAACUGGUACGUUACUAACCACAGGCUACUGAUGUUUUCACACUUCGAAUGUUGAGCGGAGUCUAUAUUAUAUCGUGCAGGAAAGAUGUUAUGUCCUAAAUGAAUGGAAGUGUUCUCCAUCUAACUGUGUGUCCUUGUCCAGGUGCGUCUGAGCCCCGUAACAUGGCCUACAUGAGCCGGCUGGGCAUCUGGGGGGAGGGGACCCCCUUCAGAGAGUUUAGCAACUUCAUUCAGGCUGUGGAGCGCCGGUGAGUGAGACAGGCACUAGUAACUUGUCGUAGUGGUGCAGAGUACACUACCGUUCAAAAGUUUGGGGUCACUUAGAAAUGUCCUUGUUUUUGAAAGAAAAGCACUUUUUUUGUCCAUUAAAAUAACAUCAAAUUGAUCAGAAAUACAGUGUAGACAUUGUUAAUGUUGUAAAUGGCUAUUGUAGCUGGAAACGGCUGAUUUUGUAUGGAAUAUCUACGUAGGCGUACAGAGGCCCAUUAUCAGCAACCAUCAGUCCUGUGUUCCAAUGGCAUGUUGUGUUUGCUAAUCCAAGUUUAUCAUUUUAAAAGGCUAAUUGAUCAUUAGAAAACCCUUUUGCAAUUAUGUUAGCACAGCUGAAAACUUGUGCUGAUUAAAGAAGCAAUACAACUGGCCGCCUUGAGACUAGUUGAGUAUCUGGAGCAUCAGCAAUUGUGGGUUAGAUUACAGGCUCAAAAUGGCCAGAAACAAAGAACCUUCUUCUGAAAUUUGUCAGUCUAUUCUUGUUCUGAGAAAUGAAGGCUAUUCCAUGUGAGAAAUUGCCAAGAAACUGAAGAUCUCGUACAACGCUGUGUACUAAUCCCUUCACAGAACAGUGCAAACUGGCUCUAACCAGAAUAGAAAGAGGAGUGGGAGGCCCCAGUGCACAACUGAGCAAGAGGACAAAUACAUUAGUGUGUCUAGUUUGAGAAACGGACGCCUCACAGGUCCUCAACUGGCAGCUUCAUUAAAUAGUACCCGCAAAACACCAGUCUCAACGUCAACAGUGAAGAGGUGACUCCGGGAUGCUGACCUUCUAGGCAGAGUUGCAAAGAAAAAGUCCAGUGUCUGUUCUUUUUCCCAUCUUAAUCUUUUAUUUUUAUUGGCCAUUUUGAGAUAUGGCUUUUCCUUUGCAACUCUGCCUAGAAGGUCAGCAUCCCGGAGUCGCCUCUUCACUGUUGACGUUGAGACUGGUGUUUUGCGGGUACUAUUUAAUGAAGCUGUCAGUUGAGGACCUGUGAGGCGUCUGUUUCUCAAACUAGACACACUAAUGUAUUUGUCCUCUUGCUCAGUUGUGCACCAGGGCCUCCCACUCCUCUUUCUAUUCGGGUUAAAGCCAGUUUGCGCUGUUCUGUGAAGAGAGUAGUACACAGCGUUGUACGAGAUCUUCAGUUUCUUGGCAGUUUCUCGCAUGGAAUAGCCUUCAUUUCUCAGAACAAGAAUAGACUGACGAGUUUCAGAAGAAAGUUAUUUGUUUCUGGCCAUUUUGAGCCUGUAAUCAAACCCACAAUUGCUGAUGCUCCAGAUACUCAACUAGUCUCAAGAAGGCCAGUUUUAUUGCUUCUUUAAUCAGCACAACAGUUUUCAGCUGUGCUAACAUAAUUGCAAAAGGGUUUUCUAAUGAUCAAUUAGCCUUUUAAAAUGAUAAACUUGGAUUAGCAAACACAACGUGCCAUUGGAACACAUGACUGAUGGUUGCUGAUAAUGGGCCUCUGUACGCCUAUGUAGAUAUUCCAUUUUUAAUAAAAAUCAGCAAUUUCCAGCUACAAUAGCCAUUUACAACAUUAACAAUGUCUACACUGUAUUUCUGAUUAAUUUGAUGUUAUUUUAAUGGACCAAAAAAGUGCUUUUCUUUCGACAACAAGGACAUUUCUAAGUGACCCCAAACUUUUGAACGGUGGUGUAUGUGUUUUAAAAACAGCCAUGGAAUGGAUGCAGCAAGCGACCUUAAAGUUAUGACUUUUGGCAGAUGGAAUCUGUAGAGGCAGAACAUCUUCAACCCACUAGAACUGUUAGAAAACAUGAAUAUGCCGAUAAAUCUGGGUUGGUAGGACAACUUCUCCUGCAAAGGUCUUGUUAUACCUCACCUUCUCUAUGCCUAUUGAUAUCUAGUAUAUCACAAAUUAAAUUUGUCCUUGACUAAAUAUCUAUUCCAAAUAACAAUUUCCCUCCCUUGUAUUGCCUUGUCCUCAGAGGUGUGGGUGCUAUGGAGAUAGUUGCCAUGGAUAUGAAGCUGAGGGGGAUGUACAUCGCCAGGCAGCUGAGCUUCACGGGCGUUACGUUCAAGAUCGAGGAGGUUCCCCUGACAACCCACUACAUCAAGAUGUACAACAAGUCUGUUCGCCUGGUAAGGAACCUUGACCUAAUCCCAAACCUAAACAUAAGUUAUCCCUGGGCUCUUUUCAGUAAGAUUGAAACAGAAACGGUGUGUGUUUUAACUCUAUCCUCUCUUUCCAUGUUUCAGUGGGUGGCUGCGCGGGAGAAGUUCCAGGCGGCUGCUAACCUGAUGGAUGCAGAGCAGCGGAUGAAGAAGUCCAUGUGGGGUCAGUUCUGGUCGGCCCACCAGAGGUUCUUCAAGUACCUCUGCAUCGCCUCCAAGGUCCGCAGGGUGGUGCAGCUCGCCAGGGACGAGGUCAAAAACGGAAAGGUGGGUGGGAGGUUUCAGAAGGUAGAAAGAUGAGAUUGUUAUUCCAGGAAUCUAGAUUUUUCUGACUUCAGAAGAUCAGGAAAACUGCCACAUUCAUAUCAUAUUCCUGCAUAUUGGUUCUAGUGUAUUUUGGUUCCUUUGGUUGGUUUGAGGAGAGGUGACUGGUGUUCUCCCAGACAUUUUGCUGUAUACCGUCAGACUGUGUGCGACUCAAGGCCUGUCUGUCUCUCUCUCUACAGUGUGUGGUGAUUGGUCUCCAGUCGACAGGAGAGGCCAGAACACUGGAGGCCCUGGAGGAAGGAGGAGGAGAGCUCAACGACUUUGUCUCCACCGCCAAGUAACUUUUCACCCAGAUUUAUAAGAUAUACUUUAUUAGUCCAUACGUGAUGGAAAUGUCUUCUGCUUUAAUCCAACCACUCUGAUAUACAAACACACAUACACACAAACCAGGGUUUCCGAAAAUGUGGCACUGGACAUUUGACGGCAGCAUUUUAAUUUACCAGACUUCUGACAUAUUUACCCAACCCAUAUGCAUUGAGUGCGUAACCUGAUUUCAGGCGUCCACCCACGGUGCUCAGAAUGACAGUAAUCACAUUUAGAUUAUGGUAAUUAAUCUUAACAGAACAUGCAAGUCAAGGAUGCAAUGACGUGUGUCCUUAUCGUGCACUUUGAAGAUGUUCGAAUAACUGUCCACAUUUAAUUUUCCUCAGGCAACAAGACGAGUAACGAACAGCAAAGUCACUAGCCUAUGCAUAGGCGGCACGCAAGUUUGACAUUUGGGGAUGCACAUUUUCACCAUAAAAAUGCACUGUUAUAAUAAAGCAUUCCAUGCAUCAUCACAUUUACAGACUUAUGUAAGAUGGCCUACUAUUCGUAAUGUGAUUAGUUGAUUGGAUAGUCAUAAUUUCAUAAUAUACAGUACAUUCGGAAAGUAUUCAGACACUUUGACUUUUUCCACAUUUUGUUACUUUACAGCCUUAUUCUGAAAUGGAUUAAAUAAAUGUUCCUCAUCAAUCUACACACAAUAUCCCAUAAUGACAAAGCGAAAACAGGUUGUUAGAAAUGUUGGCAAAUGUUUUACAAAUAAAAAUCAGAAAUACCUUAUUUACUUAAGUAUUCAGACCCUUUGCUAUGAGACGCGAAAUUGAGCUCAGGUGCAUCCUGUUUCCAUUGAUCAUCCUUGAGAUGUUUCUACAACUUGAUUGGAGUCCACCUGUAGUAAAUUGAAUUGAUUGGAUAUGAUUUGGAAAGGCACACACCUGUCUAUAUAAGGUCCCACAGUUGACAGUGCAUGUCAGAGCAAAAACCAAGCCAUGAGGUCGAAGGAAUUGUCUGUAGAGCUCCGAGACAGGAUUUAGUCGAGGCACAGAUCUGGGGAAGGGUACCAAAACAUUUCUGCAGCAUUGAAGGUCCCCAAGAACACAGUGGCCUCCAUCAUUUUUAAAUGGAAGAAGUUUGGAACCACCAAGACUCUUCCUAGAGCUGGCCGCCCGGCCAAAUGGAGCUAUUGGGGGAGAAGGGCCUAAGUCAGGGAGGUGACCAAGAACCCGAUGGUCACUCUGACAGAGCUCCAGAGUUCCUCUGUGGAGAUGGGAGAAUCUUCCAGAAGGACAACCGGCUCUGCAGCACUCCACCAAUCAGGCCUUUAUGGUAGAGUGGCCAGACAGAAGCCACUCCUCAGUAAAAGGCACAUGACAGCCCACUUGGAGUUUGCCAAAAGGGACCUAAAGACUCAGACUAUGAGAAACAAGAUUAUAUGGUCUGAUGAAACCAAUAUCUCUUUGGCCUGAAUGCCAAGCAUCACAUCUGGAGGAAACCAGGCACCAUCCCUACGGUGUUAAUCAAUUUUAGAAUGAGGCUGUAACGUAACAAUGUGGAAAAAGUCAAGGGGUCUGAAUGCUUUCUGAAUGCACUGUAACUGAAUCACUGUUCUCAAAAAGACUGUUCAAUGCAUGGCUGAAUGCGUGUAGCGUGGAGGCCUGGGCUAUAGGCUAUAUCAGAUAUAUUUCUUAUUUCUUUGCACGGGAAAAACACAUGGAGACAUUAGCAGUAUCUUUUUUAAUAAGACAAAUUACAGGGUAGCCUACCCUGCUGACACUGACAAACAGAUCAAUAAAAACGACCUUGUCCGUAUAAUAGACCUAUGAGAAGGGGAGAGAUAAAUAGAAUAUGGCGUCCAUCUAAACUGGAGGAAGAAAUUAUUGGCCAAAAACAAACUUUAAAGUGGCACUGACCCAACAAUGAGAGUGAAUAUGCGUAGUGCGCACUCACCGGGGAUAUGGCCGAUUCGCUCCGCUGAUGCCAAUAAGAUAGGCUGAGAAUUUUGAUAACUAACAGACAGAUUAGUAUUUUUAUUGUCUUUUCUUUACAGCAAUAGCCAUUUGCUUUCCAAACUGUUUUCCUAUGAUUGAAUUUUAAAAUAUUGCGAUAUGCCUGGCUGGGCCUCUACUUUUCACUGACAGUCGCAACGCAAAAAUCAUCUAUUUGGUAUUUGCGUGUGCUGGCUGUUGGCAAUGCGAUUUUAAAACGUGUUUAUUUUUUAAGGCUAGGCGAAGCUAAUGAUCCUCUGUGGCCAAAUCAUGCUGUAGUUGCCUAAUUGUAAAUGAUUUUAUGUAUUUCUCUAUAGACCGAAGUAGGCUAAUUAGGCUCUAUAAUUUUGGCAAUUCAAUUUACUUAGGGAAAGCUUCCCCUAGGCUUAGGCUCAUAGGUGACACGUCCAUAUGUCAAUCUACUAUCCCCCAUAGUAGAAAUGUUUACCUAUUCUGUUGGUCAGAUUGGUGAGAGAGAAAUGGCCCAAACAGACUUUGGGACAGUUGUUGAACGGUAGAUCCCAAAUUCAUACAACCAGUAAGCCUAUGUUACAUAAAAAAAUAAAAAAAAGUUUAAAAAAAAAAUGCAUCUGAUGCAACAGAUCAGAACGUUUAGCUUAAAAUGUUGAUCAACUAUUAUUUCUUAAAGUUAUUACCAGAGCAAUGCGCACAAGGCAGUAGUCUACUGGUUUCAAUGGCAUAUGGAAGUCUUUAUAAAAUAAUUGCCUCCACAGAUUUUGCCAAGGCUUCUUUGAAGCAAGGUAAAACAUGCCUCAAAUGUUGUAAAACUUUCAGCUUUCAAACAAUUAAGUAGCUAUAUGUUUUCAAAAUGCAUACUGCCUCCAUCUCAUUGCUUCAUUACUCCAUUUUAAUUGUGGCCCAAAAACUAUUGUUAAAACACAAUUGAAUUCAGAAUUGUUGCACAGUUAUUGGGCUUAUAAAAGCACUGUCUGGCAGAUUUUCAGCUCAAAGGCCCUUUAUCUGUAUACUGUGCACGUGUGAUAAUUACGAUACAUAAAGUGUGAUAAAUAAGAUGUAUAAGGAAUAUACACGCUCCCGAGUGGCGCAGUGGUCUAAGGCUCUGCAUCUCAGUGCUUGAGGCGUCACUACAGACCCCCUGGUUCGAUUCCAGGCUGUAUCACAACCGGCCGUGAUUGGGAGUCCCAUAGGUCGACACACCAUUGGUCCAGCGUCGUCCGGGUUAGGGGAGGGUUUGGCCGGGUUAGGGGAGGGUUUGGCCGGGCUAGGGGAGGGUUUGGCCGGGCUAGGGGAGGGUUUGGCCGGGCUAGGGGAGGGUUUGGCCGGGCUAGGGGAGGGUUUGGCCGGGGUAGGCCGUCAUUGUAAAUACCAAUUUGUUCUUAACUGACUUGCCUACAUUAUGCUAAUUAACCCAUAGACAUGAGCAUGGCCGGUCAAAUGUAUUUAUAUCAAUGAAUAGACUACAAAGCGUUAUUUUGCAAUGGGAUUUUUUUUUUUUUUCUUCUCCCGGACAAUUGGCCGGUGCCAAAUUUUAUUUUAUCGCUUUUCUAUUAUUUUUUUAUGGUAAAAAAUCAUCUAUUACUGGCUAACGGAAACCCUGACACAAACACAUUAGGUUGGAGAGUGGCUGGUCCUCUGUAGCUCAGUUGGUAGUGCAUGGCGCUGCCAGGAUAGUGGGUUCGAUUCCCGGGACUGCCCAUACGUAAAAUGUAUGCACGCAUGACUUUGGGUAAAAGCGUCUGCUAAAUGGCAUAUAUUAUAUUAGGCUGGAGCAGAGGGCAGCCAUAGUGCAGCACCUAAUGAGCAGUUUAGGGUGUUAAGUUCCUUGCUCAAAGGAACAUCGGCGAGAGAACAUAUUGGGAAACAAUAUGGAAUCUAUUGAGCAGCUGUAAAGUUAGCUAGCUACAUGCUAAUGCCAGGUGUAUGCUAGUACCAUCUAUAACAAGGUGUUUGCUCUCUCGCUCUUUUCCUCUCAGAGGUGUGCUGCAGUCACUUGUAGAGAAGCACUUCCCAGCUCCAGACAGACAGAAGCUGUUCAGCCUGCUGGGCAUCGACCUGCCGGCCAUGAAGACCCCCUUGCCCAGCGAGGCCGCAGCAGAGCAGAAGGGCAAGAAGAGGAAAGGUACAGCAGGGCAGUUAGCCAACCUCUCUCUGUAGGAAAGGGCAGUCAUUGGGUCUGUAAUGGGACAGUGAAGAGUUUGAUCUUGGUUUUGUUCAGUUGGUUACUUCAGCAGCAAGAGAUCUCUUUUUGCAUAUCCAGUGUUCUUUUUGCGUGAACCUUUGACUCAUCGUAGGUGUUUUAUGGAAUGUUCUGGCUUACUGUUCCACAUAUGAGACUCAAGUCUCCCAACACUAAUGUAGUGUUUUGGCUAUGUUUACCAAUGUUAAUGUUCCCUCCUCUCUCUCUCUCUCUCCCUCCCUGCAGGUGCUGAGAUAAAGAAGGCAGAGAAGAGGAAGAGAAAGUCAGGUGGUCUGUCGGGGAGCAGCUCUGACGACAGCGAAUCAGUGGAGUCUGAUAAGGACUAUGCAGAGAGUGACGACAGCUUCAAGUCGGUCAGCUCGGGAGAAGAUGACGAAGACGACUUCAACCCCUUCAAGGAUGAUUCCAGCGAGGAUGAGGAGGAUGGUGAGAGAGGGAGUUUGAUGACGAUUAAGACUGAUGAUUACGAGCUAACUACCUACCUAACAUAGUCUCAUAUGUUUCCCCCAUGUUCCAGACCCCUGGCUGUCUGGAAAGAGGAAAGGGGUGAAGAAAUGCAAGGAGAAGAAGAAUAAAAAGAAGAAGAGCAUUGACCCAGACUCUAUCCACAGUGCCUUGUUAGCCUCUGGCCUGGGCUCCACCAGGCCUGCUUUCACCACCCCAACAGUCAAGACCUCCAGCACACCUGCCAUAGGUGAGUUAGUAGCAACAACACACCUUCCGUAAGUGAGCGUGGAGUCGGACUUCUGUGCUAAUCUCCCAUUGCCCUCAAUGUAUGCUCUAAAGUCUGAGUUAGGGUUGUAUAACCAGCCAGGAUGAGCAGAUGAAGAUGAACAUUCAACCUUUCUAUCCCUCCCUCUUAUCGCCCCAUCAGCCAAGGUAGAGGUAGAUGACGGCUGUAUGACCAGUCAGGAUGCUGUGGAAGAUGCUCAGCAGAUGAAGAGAGAUCUGUUGGACCAGCUGGAGAAGCUGGCUCAGGAUCUACCUCCCAACACUCUGGAUGAACUCAUAGACGAGCUGGGAGGACCCGACAACGUGGCUGAGGUAGCGGGUUCAAUUAAAUAUGGAUACAAAUAACAAUGGCACGUUGUUGGGAACUGGACAAAAUAAAAUAUCAAUUAUUAAAAGAAACUAAAAGUCCUCUCAUUGUUAACUGCAAAUGUGUACAUUUUUAAAGCUUGAGAUGGACCUCUUGACCAUCUUACCAUUUUUUAGAUUCUUUGUUUUGUUCUCACAUUGUCUCCUCUCUGUGUUCCAGAUGACUGGGCGUAAAGGCCGGGUGGUCAGUAAUGAUGAUGGCAGCAUCUCCUACGAGUCUCGCUCUGAACUGGAUGUUCCUGUGGAGAUCCUCAACCUCACAGAGAAACAGAGGUUCAUGGACGGAGAGAAGGUACGGGAGGAUGGGAAGAGAGAGAUAGGAGGAGGAAGAGAGAAUGGAACAGUAUUACCCCAUGUUUCUGACUUUGGCGAGGGGUACAUGCACAUUGACUUGAGAAAUGUAGGUUGUGUGCAAGGCAGUGGGGGGCAGUCUGCUUGUUUGAGUCACAGAUCUAUAGAAUCAGUUGAAUAUAUACACUGCUCAAAAAAAUUAAGGGAACACUUAAACAACACAUCCUAGAUCUGAAUAUUUCAUUCAAUCUUAUGAAAUACUUUUUUCUUUACAUAGUUGAAUGUGCUGACAACAAAAUCACACAAAUGAUCAAUGGAAAUCAAAUUUAUCAACCCAUGGAGGUCUGGAUUUGGAGUCACCCUCAAAAUGAAAGUGGAAAACCACACUACAGGCUGAUCCAACUUUGAUGUAAUGUCCUUAAAACAAGUCAAAAUGAGGCUCAGUAGUGUGUGUGGCCUCCACGUGCCUGUAUGACCUCCCUACAACGCCUGGGCAUGCUCCUGAUGAGGUGGCGGAUGGUCUCCUGAGGGAUCUCCUCCCAGACCUGGACUAAAGCAUCCGCCAACUCCUGGACAGUCUGUGGUGCAAUGUGGCGUUGGUGGAUGGAGCGAGACAUGAUGUCCCAGAUGUGCUCAAUUGGAUUCAGGUCUGGGGAACGGGCGGGCCAGUCCAUAGCAUCAAUGCCUUCCUCUUGUAGGAACUGCUGACACACUCCAGCCACAUGAGGUCUAGCAUUGUCUUGCAUUAGGAGGAACCCAGGGCCAACCGCACCAGCAUAUGGUCUCACAAGGGGUCUGAGGAUCUCAUCUCGGUACCUAAUGGCAGUCAGGCUACCUCUGGCGAGCACAUGGAGGGCUGUGCAGCCCCCCAAAGAAAUGCCACCCCACACCAUGACUGACCCACCGCCAAACCGGUCAUGCUGGAGGAUGUUGCAGGCAGCAGAACGUUCUCCACAGCGUCUCCAGACUCUGUCACGUCUGUCACAUGUGCUCAGUGUGAACCUGCUUUCAUCUGUGAAGAGCACAGGGCGCCAGUGGCGAAUUUGCCAAUCUUGGUGUUCUCUGGCAAAUGCCAAACGUCCUGCACGGUGUUGGGCUGUAAGCACAACCCCCACCUGUGGACGUUGGGCCCUCAUACCACCCUCAUGGAGUCUGUUUCUGACCGUUUGAGCAGACACAUGCACAUUUGUGGCCUGCUGGAGGUCAUUUUGCAGUGCUCCUCCUUGCACAAAGGCGGAGGUAGCGGUCCUGCUGCUGGGUUGUUGCCCUCCUACGGCCUCCUCCACGUCUCCUGAUGUACUGGCCUGUCUCCUGGUAGGGCCUCCAUGCUCUGGACACUAUGCUGACAGACACAGCAAACCUUCUUGCCACAGCUCGCAUUGAUGUGCCAUCCUGGAUGAGCUGCACUACCUGAGCCACUUGUGUGGGUUUUAGACUCCGUCUCAUGCUACCACUAGAGUGAAAGCACCGCCAGCAUUCAAAAGUGACCAAAACAUCAGCCAGGAAGCAUAGGAACUGAGAAGUGGUCUGUGGUCACCACCUGCAGAACCACUUCUUUAUUGGGGGUGUCUUGCUAAUUGCCUAUAAUUUCCACCUGUUGUCUAUUCCAUUUGCACAACAGCAUGUGAAAUGUAUUGUCAAUCAGUGUUGCUUCCUAAGUGGACAGUUUGAUUUCACAAGUGUGAUUGACUUGGAGUUACAUUGUGUUGUUUAAGUGUUCCCUUUAUUUUUGUUGAGCAGUGUAUAUAGUAGUCCCAAACAAUGGCACAGAACCAUUCCUAACCUUGUUCUUCUCCCUCUCCAGAACAUAGCCAUCAUCUCAGAGGCGGCCAGCUCGGGCAUCUCCCUGCAGGCUGACCGGCGAGUGAAAAACCAGAGGAGGAGGGUCCACAUGACCCUGGAGCUACCCUGGAGCGCAGACCGAGCCAUACAGCAGUUUGGUCAGUAAAGUCUUUCUGGCUGUGGUUUCAUUACACACAUACAGUCUCGAGCACUGAGACUUAAAGAUGCAGUCCGGGAUCUUAAGCACUUACAAAUUCGUAUAUAUUGUACGAAUUGGAAUUUGUAACAUAUCAUACGAAAUGGAUGACUUAGUACACAAUUGUGCACAAUUUUCGGGGACCAAUUUUGGCUCGUGAGCGCUACUUUCAAAACCACUAGCUGAAAUUUUACAAAACCUUUGAAGGAUCACGAAGUGAAAAUGGUAUAGAAAUUAAAUCAAACUUUAUUUUCACUCUUGUCUUGUAGGAUUUACUUGUCUUGAUAAGGUGGCUGAUGGUAGUUAAUUUAGCUGGUAUGUCUCCUCUGGGGUUUUUCCACUCUGAUUCAAUGGGAAUAGCAGGUGUGAGGUAUUUAGACUAAUUCAAUGUGUGUUCUGCUUAAUGGUGCCAUUGUCAGAUGUCUCGUUCUCUCUCUCAGGGAGGACCCACAGGUCUAACCAGGUGACGGCUCCUGAGUAUGUGUUCCUCAUCUCUGAGCUGGCUGGGGAACAGAGGUUUGCCUCCAUUGUGGCCAAGAGACUGGAGAGCCUGGUAAGAACAUGUCCUGUCAGUGGUUCAAUUGAUCUGACCAGUGGAAAAUGUGGAUAUUAUCACCCAUGUUUGAGCCACUGAUGCUACAUGUAAUAUGUGUUCCACAGGGUGCCCUCACCCAUGGAGACAGAAGAGCAACAGAAACGAGAGAUCUCAGCAGGUUCAACUUCGACAACAAAGUAAGCAGAUAGAGAACUUGUGUGUGUGUGUGGUUCCCUGUAGUUCUGGUUGUAACUCCUUUCUUUUCCAAUCCACAGUAUGGCAGAAAUGCCCUGGAGAUUGUGAUGAAGUCCAUCGUCAACCUGGACUUUCCGUUAGUGAAUCCUCCAUCGAACUUCGAAGGGGAUUUCUACAAAGGUAUGUCUCUAGUGUCUGGACAGAUCUUGUGACAGUCACAGGAUUUAUGUCCCUAUUUUGAGCCAGGGAAAAUUCCGUUCUCCUGCUUGAUACUGGGGAUUCUUUCAUAAUGUCUAUAAUUCACACGACUGGCUCAGUCCACAAACGGAGUUAAUCUAUUUCUGGUGCAUGGCUGUGGUCUUACUUCCAUCUGAUGUGGGUACUGUCUUCAUCCUAUUCCCUGGCAGAGAUCCGUCAUGGGUUGAUCGGAGUGGGUCUGAUCAAUGUGGAGGACAGAUCAGGGAUCCUGUCUCUGGACAAAGGUGAGACUGGCUCUGACUUUAAACCUUGUCAGAUGACAUUAAAAAGUAUUAGACUGUACGGUUCUUGCUGCACCUGACACUUUCCUCUCUCCUCCCCAGACUACAACAACAUAGGGAAGUUCCUGAACCGUAUCCUGGGGAUGGCAGUGCAGGAGCAGAAUGCUCUGUUCCAGUACUUCUCUGACACACUGGCAGCCGUCAUACAGAACGCCAAGAAGAAUGGACGCUACGACAUGGGCAUUCUGGGUAAGACCGGCUUAAACCUUUUUCUGUUAAAGGAGAUGAAUGCCAGCUACUGUGAAUGAGGGACUAUACUCUGCAUGACACAGUAUUAAACAACUACCCAUGGUUUCAGACAGGGUCUGGACAAAAUGGCUGCUAUGUGGAUCUGAUUAGUAUUGUGUUUAUCUUGUUCUCUUUCUAGACCUGGGUUCUGGGGAUGAGAAGGUGAAGAAGAUGGAAGCCAAAAAGUUCCUGACUCCAGGCUACUCCACCUCCGGACACGUGGAGCUCUAUACGGUAUGGUUGACCGUUGUUUUUCUCAAUAGACAGGAAUAGAAACUGGUUUUAACAAGAAACUCUUAUUUCUUACAUCCCCAACAGACCGGUAGCCAUUUUCCAUUUUGUAAAUACUGUUUCUGUGUCUCAGGUGAGUGUGGAGAGAGGCAUGUCCUGGGAGGAUGCUACCCACGCCUGGGCUGAGCAGAGUGGACCAGACGAUGGCUUCUAUGUACAGGUACCAAAAGACCAACCAGAUGUUUUCGUCUCUUCUACGGAGUUUGACAAACUCUACAUGUUGGCACCAAAUAUAACAUUCUGAUUUUCAUACUCAAUGAAAUACCUAGUGAGUUUUUAUUGCCAUAGCAUUUUUUUUUUGUUUUACAAACGCUAGAUGUAUUUUGCUGAUCCCCAGAUAAGGAACAACAAGAAGACUGCUAUCUUGGUGAAGGAGGUGAACAGUAAGAAGAGGCUGUUCCUGGUCUACAGACCCAACACAGGCAAACAGCUGAAACUGGAGGCCUACGCUGACAUCAAGAAGAAGUGUAAAAAGGUGCUGUCAGACGAUGCCAAGCAGCACUGGAUUGACCAGUACAAGUCUUCAGCUGAGAUCUGCUCUCAUGCUUACUGGUAGGUGCCGUUUCGCAUAUGUCUGUAAAGUUGUAGCUGUGGUUUUGGUGAAGUUGUCAAGUUCACUACCAGGUUUUACUCUUUACCAGUAUAGUUUUAAUGAACUAGUCAGAAAAAAGGUGAAUCAUGUGUUAAUUAACCCCCUCUCCUCCCUCCAGGCGUGGUAACUGUAAGAAGGCGUUGGUGGGUCUGCAGUGUGAGGUGGGUCUGCGCUGCAGGACGUACUAUGUCCUGUGUGGCUCUGUGCUCAGCGUGUGGACCAAGGUGGAGGGAGUCCUGUCCUCCGUCAGCGGAACCAACAUCAAGAUGCAAAUUGUCCGUCUCAGGACGGAGGACGGGCAGAGGAUCGUGGGUAAGUUGAUGCUGGAAGUGUGGGCAGAAGCAUUUUUUAAAUGUUUGAGGUAAGUCACAACCUGUUUACCUGUUAUGUGUUUUACCGGAGUAGUAUUCUACUAAAGUAGAAGCUGGUCCCUCUCCUCCCCAACAAGUGAACUAUAAAUGAACAGAUGUUGAAAUUAUUUGUUUCCUUCAUUCUAACGUGGUUAUUUCCCAUCUGUCUCUUUUUGUCCAGGCCUGAUCAUUCCAGCCAACUGCGUCUCUCCUCUGACCAACAUCCUGUUGUCGUCUGACCAGUCUCAGCAACUGGCUGUUCAGCAGCAGCAGAAGUGGCAGCAGCUGCACCCUCAGAGCCUCAGCCACACACAUAACAUGGGUUCACCACCCAGUCCGACCUGA